GCUAGGUGGCUCACUUUAGUUAGUCCCAGAAAGGCUACCACCUCAUGUUUGUUCUGUUCUACCUUUUUCCUUUUGUUUGAGGUGUAGUUUUUCGUUUGAGCAACGAAAAGCCAUGAUUAUGAUUUAUAUAAAAAUUGCGUACAGUGUAUUAUUUAUGAUGAGCUGUGUUAUAAACAAGAAAGGUGGUGCCGAUGCUUUGUGCUCGCUGCGAGGACCAGUAUUUCACUGCACGGACGGUACAGAGUGCAUCCCUGCUAGUUGGCGCUGUGACGGAGCCACUCAGUGCACUGACAAGUCCGAUGAAAUUGGAUGCAAUAAUUCGUAUCAGUUGGAAUGCGAGUCUACAGAAUUCCAGUGCCACGACAAUAGGAUGUGCAUUAACAAGCACUGGGUGUGCGAUGGCAUGAACGACUGUAUUGAUGGCUCUGAUGAACUCUCUGGCUGCCAGAAACUUUGCUCACAACAUGAGAAAUCCUGCAGAUCCCCAGGUACUGGAUGUGUGCCUGCAUCAAAGUGGUGCGACGGGAAGAAGGACUGCUACGAUGGAAGUGACGAAGACGAUUGUGAAAGUGUGGAAGAAACCUGCAUGAUUGAGAAAGACAUGUACACCUGCAGUACUGGAGAAUGCAUUCACCUGAGGAAAUUCUGUGAUGGAAAUGCUGACUGUGUCAACGGAACUGAUGAAGACGACCUAUGCCAAGCAAACAUGUGCAACACCACAACGUGUACGGGAGGCAAGUGCUGGAACACACCAGCUGGAGCUCUCUGCACAUGUCCACACGGCUUCACGAAGACCGAGUCAAACACGACCUCAACCUGCGUGGACAUCAACGAAUGUGAAGGCCAGUAUGGCCUUUGUAGUCAAGUGUGCGAAAACGUUCCCGGCACCUACCUUUGUAAAUGUACCUCUGGAUAUAUAUACAGCAAAACCGCAAACACUUGCGAAGCUGAAGGCCUUUAUCCGCUGCUCUUUUUCUCAACGAAAAAGGAGAUACGGGCAAUUUACCUCGAGAAAGCCGAAGCUGAAUACUUCUCCGUCUACAAGGGGGGCCACGCUAUAACAAGCGUAUCUUACGACAGCGUAGAUAGUAAAAUGUACUGGUUAGAUGGCUGCCAAGUGCGAUCGUGUUCUAUGGGAAACUGUGGCGAAUCUGUUGCGACGGUGAUUAGUAACGGAUUCGUCAGGCCGGAGAAGAUAGCAGUGGAUUCGUUGGCAAGACGACUCUACGUAAUCGACAGCAAUCUCAAAGAGAUCAUCGCCUGUGACCUGGAAGGCAUCAUCUGCACUAGUUUCGUCAAGGGCUUGUCGAAUCCGAAGGAUCUAGUGAUUAGUCCUUCCAUGGGAACCAUGUACUGGAUUGACUGGGGACAAGAACCAAAGAUAGAGAGAGCCGACAUGGAUGGCUCCAAUCGCAUCACCCUGUUUAGUUCUUCUCUAGGACACCCUAAUUCCCUUACACUGGACAGUGCGAUAAGCCGACUAUAUUGGACCGAGACUCAGUUACAGAAGGUUGAGACCUCUCGGCUUGAUGGAACUGACAGAAGAGAGGUCGACGUCACAUCCGUGGCACAUCCAUUCAGCAUCGCUGUGUUCCAAGACAAACUGUACUGGUCGGACUGGAUGAUGUGGACACUCAUGUCUGCAAACAAGUUCACCGGUAAUGAACAGCAUACGCUCCUGAAAGAACGCAACAUUCUACCCAUCGGCCUGCACAUAUACCAUUCUGUGCAGGAGCCAACCGGACGCAACCCAUGCCAAAGCGCCCGCUGCAGUCAUCUUUGCGUAUUAGCCGCGGAGGGAGGUCACACGUGCACCUGCCCUGCUGGUCACAAGCUUCACGCGAAUGGCAGAAUCUGCGUGGAGCGAUCCGACAUGCCAUACGUUCUCGUAUCGUCCUACGACAAGAUAACAAAGCUCUAUACCGAGUCGCUCGGUAAUGGGGAUCACACGCACCUACCAGUAGUCGGACUUCAAGAAGUGACCGCCCUUGCAGUGGACGAGAAAGAGCACACUCUCUACUACAGCGACGCCACACGUAAUGUGCUGAACGCGAUAGACCUCGACUCACUGGAGGAGAGAAACGUGGUUUCCACAGGCCUAGCGAUGAUCACGGAUAUGGCUUUAGACUUUGUUUCUAACAACAUGUAUUUGGCAGAUGCUGCGAGACAAUCUAUCGAUGUCAUGACGUUGGGAGAUAUUUAUCGAUUACGUCUCGUACAGAUGACCGCUCUAGAGAGACCCACUUCCAUCGUUGUUCAUCCGGCAGCAGGAACAAUGUUCUUCACGGCCUUGUGCAGCACCCACGGUCACAUUGACGUCAGCUUCAUGGAUGGUACCAACAUAAGACAGUUUAUCCGCGAAGAAACAACCGGCACUCCAGUCACCUUGGCAAUAGAUUACAUCACCGAUCGACUGCUUUGGUAUGACGCAAAAAGGGACCUCGUCGAAACGAUAUCACUUGACGGAACAGAGCGUAUGGUAAUGAUCAGAUCACAUGCUGUUAUUUCUAUGUCAGUGCUUUCAGGUGAAAUGUACUGGGUUGACAAACGCGAGAAAAGAGUUUACGUGACCGAAAUCCGCAAUAGCAUACUCGACGAAAGCACUUCUAAACUACUUCUAAGCACGGCUGACAACUACACAGAUAUCGCUGUUGUACAGCACAGAGAAAACACUGUGAGCAACGCGUGUUCGUCCGGCAAGGGCGGCUGCAGUCACUUUUGUUUACCGAUUCCGGGCGGCCGAACGUGUAAGUGCCCCGUCGGAUUCUCCGAAGGCGUCGACAACAAGACCUGCACGUCGGAAAAGGUCUGCGCAGACAGCGAGUGGACGUGCGACGAUGGCGCGUGCGUUCUGAAGCGGGACGUCUGCGACGGCACGCGCAACUGUCCGGACGGCUCCGACGAGAAGCCGACGACGUGCGCUCCGUGCGACGCGGGCAGCGUGCGCUGCGACAGCGGCCAGUGCAUCGACGCCCUCUACUGGUGCGACGCGAUGCGCGACUGCAGGGACGGCUCCGACGAGAACAACUGCACGUCUUGCGGCGGCGGAUACUUCCACUGCCCCGAGAACACCUGCCUGACGCAGAGUCGCGUCUGCAACGGCGAGCCGGACUGCCUCGACGGCUCGGACGAGACCGGCUGCAAAGCCGCGGAGCCCGUGUACUGCAACCCGGAAGCACAGUUCGAGUGCGCGUCCGGUCACCAGCGGUGCAUCCCGCACGAGUGGUACUGCGACGGCGAAGCCGACUGCAUAGACGCGUCCGACGAGCCGCCGAACUGCAACGCGAUCGCGGCGCAGUGCGCUGACGACGAGUUCCAGUGCCAGUCGAUGGAGUGCGUACGGUGGCAGGCGGUCUGCGACGGACGCAACGACUGCGGCGACGCGUCAGACGAGGACGAGUGGUGCCAGCACGCAUGCGGACUCGACAACUGGAACAACGGCGGCUGCAGCGACGUCUGCCAGCCGACACCGUUCGGCCCGCUCUGCCGAUGCUACCCGGGGCAGCGCAUGGGCGGCGACAAUCGCACGUGCCACGAUAUAGACGAGUGCGUCGAGGAGACGCACGAGUGCGAUCAGAUCUGCGUGAACGCGAAAGCGAGCUACGAGUGUCGCUGCGAGGAAGGCUUCCUCCUGCAGGCAGACGGACACACCUGCCGACCGCUGGAGACAAACGCCGUGUUGGUCUUCUCUCUCCAGCACGAGAUCCGCUCGCUGACCCUCCCCGUGAGAAAGUACGGCUCGGCGAAUCGCAUCUACCAGGCGGGCACGGGGCCGUCGAGCAUCUACGCGCUGAGCGGAGACGCCAAGUCCGGAAUGAUAUACUGGACGGACUUGUACAAGGAGACCGUUCAUUCGCUCACGCCCGGUAGCGACGCGGCGGUCGUGACCAGCGUGAUCGAGAUUCCGGCGAGCAUCGCCUACGACUGGGUGACCGGUAACCUUUACUGCGCCGACCAGGGAUCGUCGGAGAUCACUGUGUGUGGGAAACGCGGGAACAGUAGAAAGCCGGAUUCGUGCGUCAGCAUCAUCCAAUCGGACAUUGACAGACCGAGUAGCAUUGCACUGCAUCCACUGAAGGGUCUAAUGCUGUGGUCGGACAGCGGCACUAAUGCAAAGAUCGAGCGCGCUUCGAUGGACGGCCAGAACAGAGUCGUGAUAGUAAAAACUGACAUCGAACAACCGCUUUCCUUAACGAUAGACUUGUUCAACGAGCACGUGUACUGGGUUGACGCUAGUCUUGACUACGUAGGCAGCUCUGAUUUGAAUGGACUGUACAGGCGAACGGUACUUGGUAAGGAGUCGGGCUACUUGUACCACCCGCAGGGGUUGGCCAUGUUCGGAAGUUGGCUGUACAUCGCUGAACAGAAAGCUCUGCUAAAGUUGAACAAGCACAACGGCAGAAAUGUGACCGAGCUGCAGAAAUUCAAUCCCCGUACUCGCGACACCCCGCAGGCUCUGCUGGUGCUGCAUCCGAGCCUCCAGAAAGCCCGCGACAAUCCGUGCACGUCGUACCCAGGAGUCUUGUGUGCGCUUAGCCAACAGGGCCACACGUGUCUACACGAACGUGGGGCAGUGUACCAUAGCACUGGUCACCACGACGACGGAAAGACGAGUUCGGUCUGCGGCUGCCAAAAUGGUGGCACAUGCUCUACUGGCAUAUUCGGGGAGGGGUUUUGUGUCUGUACAGACAAUUAUCGUGGCACAUUGUGUGAGGAGGAGCUUAAGACAGCAUCUGGCAUGCUAUGGUUGAUCGGCGCAGUAUGCUUUGUCCUCGUUAUGAUAGCUGUGCUACUCGCGCUGUAUUACUACCGAAAGAGAAUAGGAAAGAAUCCGUUCCAGGCAGCUUUCAUCUACGAUUGGACUUCACUCAAGGAUGAGGGCCGAACAGAUACGGCUGCCUACACGAAUCCGUGCUUCGACCCAGAAGAAGUCAACAACAACCAUAACAAGUGUCUAAUGCGAGUUCCACUUACGGACAUACACUCGGAAGCUGAAGAGGCCUCUCCCGAUAACAAGGACUCAGAUUACUUGUUUGACGAUGACGACUCCGGAAUCCGAUGUAACAGCAUUAGCACCCUCAUCGGAAAGCCAAGCAGCAAAUUGUAACUGCUGCUGCCAUCUGGUGACCUAAAAUGUAAAUUAGCGAGUUUCUACGAGCUCAAACACCAGAUAGGGAUCAAAAACAGCCACUUUGUUUGAAGACUAAUGAGUGAGAUAAUUGCAACCAAAUCAUAUUGGUGAGGUGAUACUACCUACUAUAUUCUUGCACUGUAUCAUACAUUGCCUCUAUACUGAAAAUGGCUUUUUUUCGUUAAAUGACAAAUCUGUUCCAUCACACACAUUCUCAACUGUGUAUCAUUAUUUGUCUUUGAAAUAUAUAAAGUCUGAUAUAUACGAAUAUUAUGAAGAGCAACUAAGUGGGUAUGGAAUUUGUGUGGCGAGUGGAAUAUUGUUUCACCGGUCUUCGUUUUUGUUUGCGGUUUAUAUUUUAUAAUGCAUUGUUAAAACGACAACUAUAAACCAUAACCAUAAAAUGUUAUUUAAACGAUUUUCUAUCGUUGAAAAGUUUAUAUUUCAUUAUUAUUUAAAUAGGGUGAAAAUCACACGUUUUUGUUAAAUUUAAAUAAAGUUUCACAAUACUAUGUUGGAUC